AUGGAGGCAGAACUCGCUAAAGAGGAAGCCGAUUCAGAUGUCCUCGCGACUAAGAUGAGGAAAUUACGCGAGGUUCUUCAGGACGUGGUGGACAAAGAUCAAGAGGUAUUGGAUAAAUUGGUAGAUGAAGAAGCAACUGAGCAAGUUUAUCAAGAAGAAUUUGGUGCCUGUCAAGAAUAUAAAGAUAAAGUCCGCACGAUGAUCCAUAAGGCGGAAAAGUUUUUGGGAUCUCAAGCAGAUGCUCAUAGCAGUGAUUCAUUUUAUGGAACGGCCAGAGAAAUCAACAAGAAGCGCACAUUCAAACUACCGAAGAUUGAAUUGAAGACGUUUGGUGGUGAGCUCACGGAUUGGUUGUCUUGGUGGUCACAGUUUAGCAAAAUCUAUGAAGAUGAAGACUUGCAUGAUACAGAUAAAUUUCAGUAUUUAGUUCAGGCCACGCAAGAAGGGUCAAGAGCUCGUGACCUUGUGCAGAGCUACCCGCAGACUGCUGCAAAUUACCCGAAGGUGGUGGCGGCCCUCAAAGAGAGAUUUGGUAAAGAUAAGUUAUUAAAACAAGUCUAUGUGAGGGAAUUACAGAAGAUGGUUGCUGCGAGUAUGAAGAAUCCUGAGAAGAAUCAGUUAUUCAAAAUCUUUGACAAGUUGGAGAGCAAUUUGCGUGCUUUAGAGUCUUUGGGAGUGACACCAGAUCAGACUGCAACAUUUAUUUUCCCGAUGGUUGAGUCGAGUCUUCCCGAAGAGACACUUAUUGCCUGGCAGCGAAGUCCUGAUUUUGGUAAAGAUGGAUCUCUUCUGCAACCACCGAAAACCGAGCUCGAUUUUGUCCUGUUUCCUACGGCAGGAGGUUGA